GAACCAUCACAAUAAAAGGAAGUCUGAGCUUCAUAAAACUGUGGAGCCAUUUUAAGGAGUCUUUAUAUUUGACACCUUGGAAAGAAUGGGAGUGCAAAAGGCCUUUAAUACUCCUUUCCUUUGCAGUGGAGCGUUUGGGGGUGGUGGGCCUGGGAAGCUGAGUCUUCCUGGGUUUUGGGCUUCUCCAGUUGUGUCAGGGAGCAGAGCAGCAUCUUAAGGGCCUGGCACUCAGUCAUCUGCUGUUUGUGGUUUAAUAAAGAAUUCUGGAAGGACCUUUUCUUGGAUGGCCCUUCUCUGUGUUAACAUUGGCUUUGUAGCUGGGCAGCUGGGGUGCAUAGGCCUUGCUAUCAGAUGAGGGGACUUGAAAUUCAUAGACAUUACAUAUCCCAGAAUGCUGUGUUAACAAGUAAGGCCUCCUAUAGAUCUGCUUCAGGUUUGGCCAGGUUUCCUUUACCACCUUGUUUUUCAGAUAGGACUGAGGCUUUCAGUGCAUACUGGCAACCUUGGAAGGCAGAAAUGUGAAACUUUUCCCUACUACUUAGCAUCAGAAUUGAAUGGGAGACCCCAUUCUGCUAUUUCUGGCGGCAGUAUGGUUCUGCCAGCUGGCCUUCUGCACGGAUCCCCUAACAACAGUGAGAGAGCAAUGCGAGCAGUUGGAGAAAUGUGUGAAGGCUCGGGAGCGGCUAGAACUCUGUGAUCAGCGUGUGUCCUCCAGGUCACAAACAGAAGAGGAUUGCACGGAGGAGCUCUUUGACUUCUUGCAUGCGAGGGACCACUGUGUGGCCCACAAACUCUUCAACAGCUUGAAAUAAAUGUGCUGACUCAUUCACCCUUGGGCAUCACCUGGGCAUCAGGAUAUUUCCUCAUGGUUUUGAAUAUGCCAUUUGUUUCUUAUUUGUGUGACUGUAAGUUCAUGUGAACACCUCAUGGAUUUUGGUUAGGCAAGUAGCUUCUACAUAAUUAAUAGUGAUUCCAUCUUAAUAAAAUUCCAGUGAUCUGCAGACCUUUA